GAGAGAGAGAGAGAGAGAGAGAGAGAGAGAGAGAGAGGGAGAGGGGGCCAGACAUCCGUCAGCGUUCCUGUCUGUCGGUAACAAAGUAGAAAGAAAAACCGACCACGUCCACAAGGAGCUAUUUAACCUGAUUGAAACCGACGCCGCGGGGCCGCCGACACUUCUCCGUAAGCUGCUGUCCCAUGUAGGAGGGCGAGCAACAACAACGACCAAAAAAAAGAAAAAAGAAAAAAGAAAGAAACCAACACAGCCCACUGUAACACGGAUCCCCCCCCCCGACUUACAGUGUAAGCCUCAAGAAGACAGACAGAUGGAGAGAUAGAGAGACACACAGCGAGAAGGAGGAAGAAAAACCGCUGAGAAGCCGGGUGUCUCCUGUCGACCCUGUCCGUUCCCGGUCUCCUUGACGUGAUUUCUCUCUCUCUCUCUCUCUCUCUCUCUCUCUCUCUCUCUCUCUCUCUCUCUCUCUCUCUCUCUCUCUCUCUCUCUCUCUCUCUCUCUCUCUUUCGACAAGAAACGGAGCAACAUUUUGGAGAAGGAAAGAGGAGAGGACCGAGGCGGACGGACCGAGGGGGAGGAGAAGGGGGGUUUUCCUCUUUCUUCUACUCGUUCUUUUCCAUCCCUCCUUUCCAGCGUCUUUUAUCCCCCCUCUCCGAUUUAAAUGUUAAACUUCAUGGGUGUUUUAAACGCCACGACCACUGCCGUACAGACCAAUGUCUCCUGCACUUGUAACUGCAAGCGUUCCACCUCCUUCCAGAGUAUGGAGAUUACCCAGCUGGAGUUUGUCCAGAUCCUGGUGAUAGUGGUGGUGAUGAUGGUGAUGGUAGUGGUGAUCACCUGUUUGUUAAACCACUACCGCCUAUCCGCUCGUUCCCUCCUCUCCAGACACGCCCACACCCGCAGGAGACACCUGCCAUUGGCCAAUGAGGGGGGUCUGUGGUCCUCUGAAGGCCCAGCGGCAGCCACUGGGCUGAACGAGCACCAGGUGUACACCCCACGCUCUCAUGACCGAGGGGUUCCACCAUCCUACCUACAACGGGACCUCCAACACCCACAGUCCCAAAACCAGCCGCACCCCCAGACACAGCGCUUCCAGUCCACAUAUGCCCCAAGUCGCUUCCAGCCCACCUACCCUUACCUGCCCCAGAGCCUGAUUGACCUUCCCCCCACCAUCUCCCUGUCAGACGGGGAGGAACCACCGCCCUACCAGGGUCCCUGCACCCUGCAGCUACGAGACCCAGAGCAACAGAUGGAGCUGAACCGGGAGUCAGUCAGAGCUCCACCCAAUCGAACAGUGUAUGACUCACACCUCCUGGACCCCUCAUCUUCCUGUCGACAGACAAGUCUGCAGGCCCCCCCUCCAAGUGUCCAUGCAGGCAUCAGUGUGCUAGAAGCCCAGGAGGCCUUGGCCAGGCAGCAGAAGCAGGGUGCUCAAGUAGAAGGGGCACCUCCGGCUUACAGCGAAGUUAUCGGGCACUUUUACCAUCCAACGUCCCUGGCCCCAAACAUCAGCCAAAACCACAACCAUCGGACUUUACCCUCUUCACAAGCACCCCCGUCCUCACUGAUACAUGGUCUGCUCCGGCCUCUGCCUCAGCAACAAGCCCCACCCACUCCAGGAAAUGUGAACAACAGGAAUGCAAGGAAUACAAAAGAGAAAUCCCACAAGCCCCAGCAGGUGUGACAGUAUUUACGCCACUUCCUGUUUCCUGUAAACCCCACUUCCUCAUCCCUAGCCCAUAGGGAAAUCUAAAUCAUGGCCUUUAACCAAUGACAAAACUCCAGUUAAUAAUUCCAGUAGCCCUGAAGGUUAAGGUUAAGAUUGGGGUUUUGAAGAUGCUGACACUUUUUAGGAUUUCAUGGUCAGGUUCAGUUGUAAGAUGAAUUUGCCCGUAGAGAUCCUGAAUUGUGGUCACUCUUACAAUUUCCCCAACUAAUGGUUUGUAUGAGGAUUAGGUGGCAGGGAACUUAUUUCUAGACCAUGAUGUGGGGCAAGAAUACCCAGGGACUCCUGCACAAAGAAUAUUUGCUAUUUCCUGUCUCACAUCUUCCUGCUUCCUGUCUAAGGAGCACUUCAAAUGAAAAACGAACCGAUGAUAAUGAUGUAAGAGCAGGAGAGAAGUUGAGACAGGAGGGGUUGCCUAAGGGUAGACCCUCUCCUGUUCACUGCCCCCCCAACCUGACCCAACUCUAUCAGACUGACAUUACAGCUCUAGUCUUGAUUCUUUAUAAAUAUUUACUUGUUGUUCUGUUUAUGUCUAUAGAUGUUGUUCUGUUGUUUUGUUCUGUUUUGUUUUCUUAUUCAGCUUACAGCUUUUUGAAAACAAUUCUUAUUCAGGCGAACAGCGAAAUGUUGCAAUCUUCUAGCUAGGUGGGAAAAUUUAGUUUGUGGUCCCCGCCCCAUGCACUGCUUUGAUAGACAGCAGACUCUCUCUGUGGUUCUGGUUUCACUAGGUUCCAUAUCGUCCUGGUUCCCUCCAACUUAACAGUUUGAGAACGAAUCUUGUAAUGGAAGUAUCUGGGGAGAACAGACCUCAUUAGGUCUAAAAAAAAAAAGCCAUUUUAGUUUGCAUUUCACUCCCUGGUGUCUGCCUUAGAUCCUUGUUCAGGACUGUGCAGACUAAAUAUGGCAUUGACUACCCCCCCUCCCCACCCCGCCCCGCCCCGCCCCGCCUCCCCCACCAGGCUUUAGCUAUAUCAAUGGUGCAUGUUUGCACGUAAACAUAUUAGUAGGCUAGCAUAAUAUCAUAUUAGCAUGCCAGCACAAUUUAGCUGUUUAGACUGUUUCCAGGUAGAAGUUAGCCUUACUUAGUGGUUUCUUCAGCUAGGCUGUCAGUUCAAGCACAGUGCUAAAAUUCUGUGAGUUACAAGUUCUGUCAUAUAUCAACCACCAAAUGCAGGACUUGUAACAAAACAUGUUUUUUUUUUACUUUUGAAAUGCUACGCUUAACUUUUCAAAAGAAAAGUUUGCACAAGAUUCAAGACUGUUCACCACACAGAAAAAAAGAAAUCUGCAAUAUGUUUGAUAAGAGAGAGGACAGAGAAAGUUGGGGUAUUUUUCUAAACUAAAUUGAAUCUAAAGAGGGUUUUUUUUUUUGUUUUUUUUUUUUAUAUGUUGUCUAGCCCUAGAAAAAAAAGUUCAGUUAUAUGUUGGGGUGCCAACUUUUACAUGUUAAAUAUUGUGCUACAUACAUGUUGGCAUGUAUAUUCAGUAGAUAUAUGUGUACACGUGUAUGCGAACAGAAAGCAAACUUAAAAAGCACGAAUUUAGAGUUAUUUAUAUAAUUGCUGAAAAGAAUUGCACUAUUUUUUUAGAAUACACAGUUAGAACGUGAGUGAGAAACUGUUAAUUGUGAAGGAGCUCUGUCUUUGUCGGUGUGAUCGGAUAAGUGAGAAGUCCUGGGAAGUAAUUCCAUUGUCUGUUUCCAGGAGGCUUACCAGAGGGACACGCCGCCACAGUGCACAGUAGCUAGGUUUUCAGCAGAUUAUUGGAAGAUUCUGACAUUGAUUGAGCACAAUGGACUUGGACCCAACCAUUAUUAUACCAUUGAUAUAUAUAAAAAUUGGUUUAUGCAAAUGUUCGAGUCCCACCUGCCAAUCGCCAGGAUUCAACCCGAGGGCCCCAAUCAGAAGCUGUCCUCAUGGCUCUCUCUUUCCAUCGGCUUUACCAUUAGCCAGGCCUUAACCAACAAUGCUAAAGCCUCUGUUUUGUCAAAGCGCGCUGUUACUUUGACAGACUACCUCAACCGAAACAAGUCAAGCACAUACGAGUUCGCUCACACUAAUCAGACUUUUUUCAUGCUGAAUGAAUGACUUAAAUUUAUGCAUAAAGGAGACAAUGUGUAGUAAUUGUAGAAAUCUGUAAUUUAAGUUAGC